CGCCAGUUAUGCCUGUUAACGUUGUUUACAACGCAGAGAGUAAUUCUAGGUCUUUUUUGGCUUCAUAAAUACCUGAAAAUGACGGGCUGUUGUGCCUUUGGGUGCACAAAUCGAUCGGAGAAGGGAUUACAAAUGUUUAGAUUUCCCAGGAGUAGUGAAAGAAUGAAACUGUGGGAAAAUAAAGUCCGGAGAGUGGGAUGGAAACCGACUUAAUCAUGAUUUUUGUGCCAGAGUUCUGUAUGCUGCCUAGUGAUGGAGGUACAGGUCCAAAGUUCGAUGUUUCUUUGUAUUAUAAUCACGAAAAAGGCGAGUGCAAUCCUUUCUUGUACUACGGCAGUGGAGGAAAUGCAAACCGUUUCGCAAAUGAAAGAGAGUGCAUAAGGAACUGUUCAGCCGACGCGGAGAAGAUCUACCCCAUGGAUGAAACCGAAGCUUGCCUCUUGAAAAAGAAAGAAGGUGGAUGCAAUGGCAAACAUUUGCGGUACUACUACGAUUCAAUUCAUGACAAAUGCAAAAAAUUCUUGUGGACCGGAUGUAUCGGAAAUGGAAACAGAUUUUUUGACUUUGACAGCUGCAACAAAACGUGUGCUGGCAUUCACGAGGACGGUGAUGACCCAGAGGAGGAUGAGCCAGACACUCCUAUUGCAAUCAUCUGUGGAGUGCUGCUUGCUCUCAUUAUUGCUGCCAUCAUUAUAACUGUGGUUGUCCUGACCGUUCAGUCCAAUAAGAAGAAGUCGAAGAAGAAGGGCGCAGCAAAAAGCAAAGACGGCAAGGCUGAAUCACCUCUUCAGACUCCCGGGAUCGAAAUGGCAUAAAUCACCUUAAUAUAGCAACAUGUAGAGUUUUUAUCAGCUUCGUUUUGCAUAAUAAUUCUACUAGCCUUGAUAUGAAACAUAUCUCGGUUGCUACUGGUUAUAACAUUUCUCAGUCCAACUUAGCCACAGCAGUUUUGCUCGGUUUUCUAUUUUGUUUUAUGUGCAAAGGGAAGUUUCUUAAAUUUAUAUAAUUUUUGUUAAAGCUUCAUGCCAUACUGUCAAUCAGUAUAAUCAAUUAACAAGCAAAAAUAUUUACAAUGAAUUAAUCAGUGAAGCAAUUUUUCCAGGAAAAAUGCAAAGAAUUUCCUAUUCUCUCAGCUUUUCAAUUGUUAGGAUUUCCCGCAUUUCUUGGUCUUCAAUAAUAAACGGAAUAUAUUUGGGUUUUGCACUGUUGGUCAGACUGAACAAAUCAUUUGAGAUCCAAUGAACUGAGGCACACAUUUCCCACAAACUAUGGACAUUUUAAAGUCCAAUUCAAUCAACAUCAGAGAAAACCGCUGAUUGUUAGUUUCAACCUGAAAAGAAACACACCUGUUGCUCAGAGGACUUUUGAGAAAAAUAUCCAUUUGAGCCAAGUCAGCGUUUUAAACAAACAUUCAAGCAUAAACAAAAGCAGAACUACGUCACUGCCUGGAAUGCUUUUAACAGUGUGAUCUCAUAAUCAUUUCAGUGUUUUCAAAAUAUAACUGAAUCAUCACCUGCCGAUUUUGCUGAAAACUAAAGUCUUCUGACGGGACGUGCCAAUUCAAAGCCCAACACAUAUAUUUAGAACUGUUUCUAUCAUGCCUUGUGCACUCUCUGUUAUUAUAUUUUCCUGCUCAGCAUUUAUGAAUCCUUUGUUGAAGGUUAUGAAGACCUCGACACUAAAAUAUUUUUUUGAAAAAGCAUCUUUUAACAUUUACAAGCAUUUAUCCUAAAAUUUGCAAUCACAUUUUAUUGCUUGCUCAUGUGCUGUAUUUGUCAUAUGAAAAUUAUUCUUGAUACUGAAGAUACUCAUGACCUUAUUUUAGGGGGAAAUGUGCUUUUGGAGUUCAGAUUUUUUUUGUAUUUUUAGAGUAGGUGGUACAAAUAUCAGUUGAACAUCAUCAUUAACACCUGUGUUUAAUGCUAACAAUCUUCUCAGUGUUGUUUAACAGAAUACACCACAGGGCCUUCUUUUUAAGGUGUUUUUGUACUGUUUGAGUUACAACAGGAUUGAAUGAGGCAAUGUUUGAUUAAUUCAAUAAAAAAUGUGCUGUUGGAGUAAA